AACACAAGUAUAAAAGGCUAAAGCCUAAAGAACAAGACGUCCAAAACAGCGAGCGUUUCGGCUGUGUUCGGGUGAGAUCGGAGGCGCAGCAUUAAUACCAGUGAUCCUGUGACGCUCCUCCACCACAUGUCAUGUAACAGCAAAGCAGCCAAGGUUACUGAGCCGGGUAUAUAAUGGAUCCACCUCUGACACUCUCCUCUCUGCUGGGCCACUUGUGACAGGAUGUAUAUUGCCGAUUUCUUCGCUGGCUCAGUUGCAGGGGCAUGCGGAGUUUCAGUGGGCUACCCUCUGGACACUGUGAAGGUCCGGCUCCAAACUCAGAAACAGUUCACCGGAGUCUAUCAGUGUGUCGUGGAGACAUUUACAAAAGAAGGGGUGCAUGGCUUCUUCAAAGGUAUGGCCUUACCCGUGAGUACAGUCAGCAUGACUUCCUCCGUGGCGUUUGGCACAUACAGGAACUGCCUGCAGAGUCUGAAGCAGAUACGGGGGGCUGACAAGGAUCCAGACACCAAACUAGAUGUCCUCCUCUCUGGACUGGCAGCUGGCAUCGCUCAGACAUCGGUGAUGUCUCCCGGCGAUACAGUGAAAGUACGUCUUCAGUGUCAGACAGAGUCCAAGCGAAGAGGCACCAACAUCAAGCUAAAGUACACCGGCCCCAUUAACUGUCUGCUGGUCAUCGUUAAAGAGGAGGGGUUCAUGGGCCUUUACAGAGGAUCUCUCCCACUGAUGCUGAGAGAUGGACCAGCAAUGUCCACGUACUUUUUGACCUAUGCAACCAUUUGUGAAUGGCUGGCAGGCAGCAGCAACAAAAAACUAGAUUGGGGUGGUGUGAUGCUGGCCGGCGGACUAGCGGGAAUGGCAGCCUGGACCAUUGGAACGCCGAUGGAUGUGAUCAAAGCGCGCAUGCAGAUAGACGGAGUGCGGGAAACCAAGCGAUAUAAGGGUUUUUUGCACUGCUUUGCUGAGACUGUGAGAGUCGAAGGGGGCAGCGUUUUCUUCAGGAGCUUAGGCAUCAGCUGGCUGCGUGCAUUCCCAGUAAACAUGGUGGUGUUUUUAACCUAUGAGGUGCUCAUUGGUUUCCUCCAAGCCGCACCCGAAAGUGUUGACUCACCACGUUUAGAACUCGAGUAGUCCGACGUCUUUACUCAUAAUGACCCAUAUUCAGUUACCAUGAAGUGAUUUUGCACAGUGUUCAUUGGAGUUGUUACAUAUAAUGUUUCCAUACUAUAAUCAGGUAAAAUAUCCUGAUAUGUGCAGAACUUUCAGCCCUAUUGUUAGCAGAUUGCAGACCACUAGGUGGCAUCCUUGACCACUUUGUUACAAUAUCAUCUCUUUCUCUGUUUACAACAAGAAAACCAAGUUUUGAUUGUUGUAAAUGAGCAGGACACCACAAAACCUCAAGUUGUUGGGGGCUACUUGAACUAUCUGACUUCUUUUCUGACCAGAUAAGGUGUGGAACCAAGACUGAACGGCACUACGCACACUAAGAAGAAUGAUACCCAUGUCAUCCAUGUUUGCAUAUCAUUACAUCUAUUGCCAGAAGCUAAAUGUUACAAUUGGACUGUCUGAAACAGUCAUAGUGAAACUGUCUACUUGUGGUUUAAAAGAAUGUUAGUUUUCAGAUGUGCAUUAAUAACAGAAGUCGUUUUAUGACAUUACUGCUUAAGAUUGCAGAAGUUGCAGCUACAAUUAUUGAAUGAAUUGCUAUGUAAUAGUACCAAAGAGCUUAUUUAUGAACUCAUUCGAUUGUACAGAAUGUUAUUUUCUCAAAGUGCAUGAUACAUACUGACUAUUGUGGGGAGUGAGUUGUUUUCAGAGGUUGGGAGAUGGAUAGGAAGCAGGUGAAUUACUGAAUGCAAUUUCUUGUCAUUUAUUUUUGAAGAUCUGAUGAAAAUGCUGAUGGUACCUUAGUAAAGGAUGAAAAUGUUGUCUUGAUCUCUUCAUGAAUGUAUCAAGUUGCAGAGACAGAAUUUAAAAGCAGGGUAAGCGAUUCUAACCCAGAACGCUUCUUAUCAUAAUCACUGAAAAUCUCCACACCAUCCGAUCGCUGCCUGUCAUGUCAGUACACUGAAGAAAAAAAAGAAGGUGCAAUAAUCGAAUCACCUCGUUUUUCCGCCUCCCGAGGGAAAACAAACUUUAGUCAACCAGAAUCGUAAGCACAGAGCCGCUCUUCGCUCAAUCACAAAUGAAACAGCAGCUAGGGAGG